AUGGCUUUGCAGAAAAGCUCCUCCUCCUCCUUCCUCCUCCCCCUUUGCCUCCUCUUGGCGCUGCAGUUGCUUCUAUGGCUGACAAAAACAUCGGCGCAAUCUUAUGCGAAGCCUGGUUGUCAAGAAUACUGCGGAGAUGUUAGAAUUCCAUAUCCUUUUGGAAUAGGUCCCAACUGUUACUUAGAUGAAUGGUUCUCCAUAGAGUGCAAGAACUCAAUCAGCAGCUACUUAGUGAAUCUCGAUCUUGAGGUGCUAGAAAUUUCAUUGAAUGGAAACUACCUUCGAGUCAACAAUCCAGUAAUAUCUCCCAACUGCCACAUUAACAACAACCUCAACAACGCAAACUCAAAUUUAAGCAUUGACUUGAGAACUAGCCCUUUUCUCUUCUCAGAAAUAAACAAUAUAUUCAUGGCCACAAGAAUCUCAAGUGCGCAGUAUCUGCAAGGCUACAUGGUGGAUUUUCGAAACCAAACAUCAUGCAUGUAUGCGUUCGUGGUAGAUAAGAAUAAGAAUUCCACCGACUACUCCUCUGCUGUGCAAACUCAUGUCCCUGCUGUUCUCAAUUGGAUUGUACACAAUAUCACACAGCUUAGAUUGGCUCCCGACAACAGCUAUAAAAAUAGCUACUCCUGCUUUCAGAGGUCGUUGGCUAAUUCUUCUAUCAUCUCGGAGCCUUUUUCUACUUUCUUGCUCCACGAUUGUGGUGUUGUUCAAAACCUCCAGUGCGUUUGCAAUUUUCCAUUCUCUGGAAAUCCUUACCUUUCCAAUGGAUGUCGAGGUUUGAAGUCGUUCAAUAGUGAUAGUGGUGGUGGUGGUGAUGUUGCUAGUGGUUGGGGAAGGGAUGGAUGA